AGAGUGUAACCUGUAAGGGACAGAGGGACUGGAAUACUUUUAGAGAAGAGAAAGGGAAGCUUCACACCUGGUAACAUCUGCACAUAUCUCCCAGGUCUGUCCUGCUACAAGGGAAGUUGAGCCUUUCCCACCUUCCUCCCUAUAGAUGAGAAGUAAGGGAGCCUCAGUGGAGAUACUGGAGAGGAAACUCCUCAGCAGCAGGUCUGGUGGUACAGGGGCAGUUUUUGUGAGGAGCUGUCUGAGCCUCUGCAGAGCAGAGGGGAAAGAUGUCAGAGCAAGAGGUGCAGCUCAUUUCACCUGGAUCUUCAGGUGUACUUGAUCUGCACUGAGAGGGGUGAUGGUAUGGCUUAGCUGCCCACAUGAGCUGCCUUUUAGCCCUCAGGAUUUAAGAAAUACUGUUGUAAUUGCUCCAUAAUGUUCUAAAGCCUGGCUUUGGCUGGCAGCCUCACUUGGCACCCUUCAUAUAACUUGAUCUUUUAAACAAACCUCCAAAUGUCACAAGUGAGCACAUGAAGCAAGGCUGGCUGUCCCCUUGCUUGCUCUGCAGAUCCCACAGUAAGCUGAAAGCUGCAAAGUAAGCCUGGAAGUGGGCAAAAACCCCAGUCCAUCUCAGCUCCUGGAAAGAGGGGCCGUGGGCAAAGGCAGAGUGUUGUUGUGUGUCCCUGCCAGGGGCUGCUGAGGGGCCAUGGGGAACACCACCAGCGAGCGGGUGUCAGGGGAGCGCCAUGGCUCCAAGUCCCAGCGCUCUGACGGCUCCGGUGCCUCCCACCCCGCCAAGGAGCACCCGCACAAGAUCAUGGUGGGCAGCACCGACGACCCCAGCGUCUUCAGCUCCCAUGACUCCAAGAUUCCUGGGGACAAGGAGUUUGUGUCAUGGCAGCCAGAUCUGGAGGAGUCAGUGAAACCAUCCCAACAGGCUCGUCCCACUGUCAUACGCUGGGCUGAUGGAGGCAAGGAGGUCUUCAUCUCCGGAUCCUUCAACAACUGGAGCACCAAGAUCCCACUCAUCAAGAGCCACAAUGACUUUGUUGCUAUCCUGGACCUUCCAGAAGGAGAGCACCAGUACAAAUUUUUUGUGGAUGGCCAGUGGGUUCACGAUCCAUCGGAGCCCGUGGUUACCAGCCAGAUGGGGACGAUAAACAACCUCAUCCACGUCAAGAAGUCUGACUUCGAGGUGUUUGAUGCAUUGAAGGUGGAUUCCCUGGAAAGCUCAGAAACCUCAGGUCGGGAUUUAUCCAGCUCCCCACCGGGACCUUAUGGCCAGGAGAUGUACGUGUACCGGCCUGAAGAGCGCUUCAAAUCCCCACCCAUCCUCCCACCCCACCUCCUCCAGGUCAUCCUCAACAAGGACACCAACAUCUCGUGUGACCCAGCCCUGCUGCCCGAGCCCAACCACGUCAUGCUCAAUCACCUCUACGCACUCUCCAUCAAGGAUGGCGUGAUGGUGCUCAGUGCCACGCACCGCUACAAGAAGAAGUACGUCACCACGCUGCUGUACAAGCCCAUCUGAGCCAGGCCUCACACGCUCCCCACGCAGGACACCAAACGCCGCUUGUCUGCGCACACUGGGCCACGGGACUGUGUGACAACUGGCCACUGGCUCCAGCCUCCAACCUGGCAGGGACGCGGGCCCCGGCAACAAGCUCAGGGCCACUGGGGCCUGUGACGCUGUCCCAUCCUACCGGCGUGGUUCAGCCCUUGGUUUCCACCCACCUGCAGCUUCCCUUGGCUUCUGUGAGUCUCUGGGACCACUUUGCUGCUCACCAGAACAGCCCUUCCUCACGCCCAACACGAAAAGGGCUUCACCCUGCCUGUCUUCUCCAACCUGUGAGGGCCUCAAGGUGGUCCUGGCACUGCACCCAGUCCACGCUCCAGGAACACAUCCUGUUCUUCUGAAGGUUGUGCUGCUGCCCUGGUGCUGAAUCUCCAAGGCCACCUUGUCUGCUAGGGGCUCUGUGACACUCCAGCCUGACAUCUGCCCCCUGUUCCACAGCCCUGGCUGUGGGGCUGCCCCUCAGCUUUUUUGAACCUCCGCGAGGUUCAGCAUCGAGCCGGCAUGAUGGACAGUAGAGCUGGACACAGCCACUCUUACCUGCUGCUGUGAGAGCACCAUCAAGGACUGCAAUGCCCUGUCCCCAAUAUCAGCUGCUUCUGUGGGACAGGGCUGACUUUGUCAUAGUAGAGGGGCACUGGCACAUGCCCUGGGAAGACCAGAGCCGGGCAGGCACUCCAGGACCCCGGCUGCACCGCCUGGUGCCGCAGCAGUGCCGUGGGACAGGGGGUUCUCUAUUUAUUACAGUAUUUAUUGUUCUCGGUG